GAAGAGUACAGAAGAGGAGUAGGAGGAUGGCGAUGAAGAGGCGCAACGCAAUCGACCUGCGAUGAUCAGUGUCAACGAUCAAUCAUUAAAUGCACGUUGAUGUGAGGGACGAUCAGUCCUCUCGCGCGUGAUGGUGCUUGUGGACGGCGAGACGGACACGCGUGCAAGUGGUCAAGGUGAGAGUGGUUGCUUGGGCUGAACAAGAGUCAGUCAGUCAGGAAGGUGGUACGGAGUCACAUGGGACACACAAACUAUGGAGCUCAAAGGCCAGCUAAUCUCAGCACCUGCUCCUCUCACAUGUUGGGACAGAAAGCAAAAGGAGCAUAUGUUGGAGCUACAAGAGAGGAGGCGGAGCCUGCAGGCACUGCUCAGCACGCGAUUGGCUGAGCUGAGACGUGUGUGUCUGCAGGAGGCGGAGCUGACAGGUGCACUACCCAGUGACUUCCCCUUGUCAGCGGGGGAGAAACUCCCCUGUGUGAGGCGCAGAGGCGGGACGACCCGACAAGCAAACAGGAAGUCCAGAGCAGAGGAAGAAGAUGGUGCACGUGUGAGGACUAAAAAAACUUUAUUCAGCAGCACACGGAGAAAGCACAAUGACCGUGAACACAACACACAUGCACAACAUGGCAAAAUGACUGUGCACAGAGGCUGCCACACUGGUAACGCAUACGACACAGUGAGAUGGGAGAGCAGCUCCACAUCGGACUCUACUGGAAAUGACAACGAGUUUGUGCCUCAGAGUCGCCCCCUGUUGGUGCUUGCUGGUUCUCCAGUGGAGGUUUACUAUCACAACAAUCACAGGACGAGUUCAGUGUGUAACAGGUCUGAGCAUCCUGAGAGUCUUCAGAGCCACAGGCCUCUCCCCCAGCCUCCUGCCCAAUCUUGCUCCCAUGUCAGCUCACCGUCUGCAAUCUCUUCGAAGCCUGCGGCCAUGGUGGAGGGCAACAUGUGCGUGACAGCCCGUCCCAGUAACAGCUCUGAUAGUCUGGAGGAGCGUGCGGCUUCCACCGAGAAGGAACAGCAGGGUGGCAUGUGGGCAAACAGUGUCACGGGGUCCCAGGCGGUAAACACGAGGCUGGCUGCGGGGCAAGGGCGCAGCAACAGCGACCUUUUAUUGGACUACGUGUUGAGCAAACAGCGCCAGCAGUCACAGCCAAUCACCUCCCAGCAGCCCCAAGGAGUGCCGCCCAGCUACCAUAUCCACAUGGGCGAGCAGCGGCGCGUCAAAGUGACCCGCACCAAAUCCUGUGGCCCCUUCCUGCCUGUGCCACAGAUCCAGCCAGACCCCCACCCCCACCUUCUGCCCCCACAGCUGGCCGCCGCCCAGGAUGCACAUCUAGAGGACACUACCAGGAGCCUCCACAAGGCCCUUGCCCUGGAAGGUCUGAGGGAUUGGUACCUGAGGAACACCAUAGGCUCUUCCCACACUAAUCAGAGUGAUGGGAAGGUUAAAGGUCAGAUGGGAGGAGCUUUGCAGCGUCGACGGACGACUCACAGUGUCCUCACGCAGUCGGAGGUCGGGCCUCACACCCAUCAGCCUCUGCCUCACUCCGUCACCUUCCACGGCCACCCGCUACACAGCAGGUCUAUAGAUCCCCUCAGAGAACCAUCCUUAAAGCAAACAUCACCAGGAACUCUGGUCUGAAAAGUCUGUCAGUCGGCAGGCUACGAUCACGCAGAGAAUCAAAAUGGCUGUCCCACGAAGAUUGAAUGACAUGCUUCAGGAAGUAGCCGGCGGCUCCGAGCCUUCGCACGCCGGCACCUCAGUUUUUGCGUUUUGCCACGAGCUAGAUGUUGAGAAGGAAAGGACCAAAUGACAUUGAAGAAUCUUUCCUUCACUGACAAUGUGGAUGUCAUUGUUGGAUUAAAUCACUGACUCAGGCCAAUCUAAUAACAGUAACAUUAUGAACUUUUAUAUUCCAGCAAUACUAUAGCCAAGUGAGCGCAGCUUUCAAUGAACUAGACAAUCACAUUACACUGGGUUACAAAAAAAUAAUAAAAAUGUGUCCGUUGUCUCUGAGUCACUGAUGGUGUAGUGGUACAACGUACAUUGGCCUGACAGGUACAGGCAGUGAGGGUUCAGUUCCCACUCAGUGACUCUGUGAAUGUGAGUGCAAGCGGUUGUCCGUGUCCGUAUGUGCCCUGCGACUGACUGGUAACCAGCUCAGGGUGUAGUCUACCUUUUGCCCGAAGUCAGCUGGGAUAGGCUCCAGCACCCCGUGACCAUAAACAGUAUUGAGAAUGGAUGGAUGGAAGUUGUCGAUGUUUUUUUUUAACUGAUUUAGGACAAUUUUGUAUGGCAGUUGUUGCCAGUUUAUUAAACAAAUGUGACAAACUUCACUUACUGUAAAUUGAAUAAGAGACUGAUAAAAGUACGUACCGAUAAAUUGUGUUUCUUCGUCAUUGUUCUAACUUCAGAGCAUGAACAUCCAUUUAAUUGAGCCUCUAAAGUGAAAAUACCAGUACAUGUAAACAAAAUGUGGUCAUAGUUCUAAAAGUUGACCUGAUUGAGCAAAACCAUUGUGAUAUUUGGAUUCAGCCUAUCAGAAUUGUCCUAAAUCAGCUAAAAAAUGUGUAGACAAUGAAUUUGUUGUUGACCAGUGUUAUCAAUAGAUAAAUUGAUCCAGUGCAUGUUGACAUCAGGUGUAUUGAUUAAUGAUUGACUGUGUAUAGAUUUUACUUGAUAUCAGGUCACUUUGAUCCAAAUAACGCUGACACAUUCUACCAUCUUGUUUUUGAAACUUAUUUUCUGUUUUUAUUACCAUUCUGUUUAUGGAAUGUCUAAGCCUCGCCCACCUGCAAACUUCAGUGUGUUUGAUUGGCUUUAAAGACUGACAACAUGAUGCAGGUGGGUGGGUGGUAAUUACAGUAUUUUACAGUGGUGAGACGUCAGGGCCAGCAAGGCCUGCUCUGCUGACUUCAUCACUGUCAGAAGAUGUCAGGACUCAGGUUGUGAGUUGGACUCAGGCAGAAACGAGAGAGAGAGGGCAGUUUUUGAAUGACUGUUUAUUGUUGGAACGCUUGGUUGGAAGCAAACAAAAAGCGACUCCGAGAGCUAGAUCCAGGGUUGGCCGGGUUCCAAGGAGGACCAGUCUGGCAGAGUACGGGGGCUGGGUUGUCAAUGGGCAGAGGGAGGUGAGCACAGGUUUGCAGGGAGCAAAGGCAGAUAUCAGACUGUGGACAAAGAGCAAGAACGGGUUAGAGAUUUAAUCACAAGGUCUUCGAGAAGCAAAGGCGGAUAGUGUGGCUAGGCUACGAACUCGGCAUAGAGUGUUAGCCUGGUGACCAGUUGUUCUCCCACAUUGUCUUCAGAGUAGUCAUUCGUAAUUAGGAUGAUGAGACAGCAGCUGCCGGACUCCAACACGCCAAACCUGCAAAGCACUCAUGACACACACACACACACAGACACUCAAGGGCUGGCCUCAGGGUGGUGAAACAGCAGCCCUGACAGUAUCCCCCAUCCCACGGGCGCCACCAGGCGUAUGAGCCAAGCAACCGGGGAAAGCACGAUGGAAGUAGCGGACCAACGACUUUCUCAGGAUCAGCCACGCAGGGACCCAACUUUGCUCCUCCAGACCACAGCCCUUCCAGUCGACCAGGUAUUGGAGGCUGCGACCCCGGCGACGCACAUCUUCCUGUGACGGGAACAGCGGUGGUUGGUAGCUUAAGAAGCAUUGAAAAGGGGACAUGGCCAAGAAGGUGCUAGGCAGUGAAUUAUGGGCAUACUCAACACAGGCAAGAUGCGUGGUCCACGAAGCGGGAUGGGACUGGGACAUGCAAUGGAGUGCCUUCUCCAGCUGUUGGGUAGUGCGCUCACAUUGCCUGUUGGUCUGAGGAUGGUAACCAGAGGAUAGACUAACACCAAUACCAAGCGCUGUGCAAAACGCUCUUCAAACCUGCGAGGUGAAUUGGGGGUCCCUGUCAGAGACUAUGUAAGAAGGGAUGCCAUGUAGGUGGAAAACGUGCUGGACCAACAGGUCUGCGGUCUCUUUGGCAGAUGGUAGCUUGGGAAGUGCUAGGAAGUGUGCUGCUUUAGAAAAACUGUCCACCACAGUGAGCCACUCGGUGACUGCGGCUACCUUGGCUGAGUCCAUCUGAAGCUGUCCCUCAGCAAUGACGUAACCCAGCAAGGUGGACUUUGAAACAUGGAACUCACAUUUUUCUGCUUUGAUGAAGAGCUUGUUCUCAAGGAGUCUCUGAAGCACUUUGCAAACAUGUCGUUGUGAUCUGCCCUGUAACGGGAGAAAAUCGGAGGGAAAUCAGCCGUUUAGCGGCCUCCCUCCAGCGAACCGGGUGGUCAAAGAUUUUCUUCAUCUCCGCGGAGAAAGAGGAGUAUGAUGCGCAAACAGCCGACCGUCUCUCCCAGUGGCCCACGAAAGCGCUGUACCCCGGAGAAAGCCGAUGAGGUAGACAAUUUUAACAUUGUCGGUGGAGUAAGACUGAGGCUGAUGUUCAAACACAAGUGAGGACCGGACCAAAAAAGCGCGACAAGACCCAAGAUCACCAUCGUAAGCGGCAGGCGCAGGCUUAUACAGUUCACGCAUUACGUGGGUGAGGGGGGCAGUGGGACCCGUGGAUGCCACAACAGGUGGCUGUGCGCAAGUUUGGAGUGAGGCAAAUUGAUUUUGGAGGGACAUGAGGGCUUGUGAGAAAUCCCGGCCCUUUCCAAUCAGGAGGGUAAGGGCUUGGUCGUGUUGCUCCAAAAGCAUACUCUGUCCGGUAACUGUUUGGCGAAGGGGAUCUGUCUCUGCUGGGUGACUUGGGCAGACUAUGCUGUCAGGACUCAGGUUGCGAGUUGGACCCAGAUGCAGAGACGAGAGAGGGCAGUUCGUGAACGAAUGUUUUUUGUUGGAAUGCUUGGUCGGAAGCAAACAAAAAGGGACUCCGAGAGCUAGAUCCAGGGUUGGUAAGGUUCCAAGGAGGAGCAGUCUGGCAGGGUAGAGGGUCCGGGUUGUCAAUAGGCAGAGGGAGGUGAGCACAGGUUUGCAGGGAGCAAAGGCAUUUGGCAGACUGGGGACAAAGAGCAAGAAUGAGUUAGAGAUUUAAUCACAAGGUCUUCGGGAAGCAAAGGCGGAUAGUGUGGCUAGGCUACGAACUCGGCAUAGAACGUUGAUAGUCUGCCGAUGAGUUGGUGUCCCACAGCGUCUUAAGAGUAUUCAGUCGUAAUUAGGAUGAUGAGACAGCAGCUGCUAGACUCCCAACACACCAAACCUGCAAAGCACUCAUGACACACCCACACACACAAGGGCUGGACUCAGGGUGCUGAAACAGCAGUCCUGAUAGAAGAACUGACCUACAUUUGCAACCUGAAUUAUAUAUUUUGUUCCAUGAAACUGUGAAUUUAUUCCCAAUGGUCUAUUCUCUUCAUUUUAUAGUGUUUCUCUUGGCUGCACUGCUUCCAGUACUUGUCUGUAGAUGUUUGAUUUUUUUUUUUUUCUUUGGUCCAAUCAGACUUCAGCCUCUAUGUGCUGCCAUGUUAAUCAAAUCUGCCCAGGGGCUUCACAAUCCAAAGGGCUGUCUGAUGUAACAUAAACUAUAUUAGCAAUGGGGCUGUUUCUUUUACUAAUCAGAUUUCAAAAUCACCUCAGAUUGGUUGGUCGCAGCAAGCCAAGUUCAAUUAACAAAACUGAACACUUGAAUACAUUUAAUCAUCAGCAUUUCUGGUGAGUAUGGUGUAUUUUAUAUAUUUUUUUAAAUGUUUUUGUCAUGUUAUUAGAUAGGUAUUGACUCUGAUCUGCUCCAGAUGAUGCAUGUGGCACAGUUGGCGUACUUCUAUAUUUGUUUUUUGUAUAGUACUGAUGGUUUCUAUAAUUGCGAUGUGAUAAUGGUGGUAUUAAGAGGUUGGUUAAGUUGGGUAAGUCCUCACUGAAGGCCUCGAUCCCAAGUGCAUGACCCACCAAUGGUAUUUUAUGACUGAUCACUGUGACAUGAUUAGAUGUCAUUAGACCGCAGCCAAAUAUCCCAGCAUGCACUUGUUCUAACACUCUGCUCAAGUGGAAGAGGUGACAAAUGUAAAAAUUCUUCCUUAGCGAACAAACCAGCAGUGUCCAAAUGGACCAAUCAGGACUGGUGACGUCAUGGCUUUGUUUGCCAUGAUGGUGAUGCGUUCAGGUGAACUCUGUACAGUCUAACUUUUCAAAACAAAACAACAACCACAAAACUUUUUAAAAUCUUUUUGGGCUUAUUUGUACUUUUUCAAGCUUCACUACUGUUUGAUGAAAACACAUUUUA